CCCCUUCGUCGUUGGUUCUCCGGUCAACACUUGGGUCUAGCUAGAGUACGUUCGCUAGCCCUACGUGCGUAAUUCGGCCGCUAUAAAGCCAAGCGCGUUGCCCGUCUGGCGACUUAUCUAUCCUCACACAAUGGCGCCCGAGCGCACCGCUCCCAUCGUCACGACUGCGAUUAUCGUGGCAUUUAUAGUAUCCCUCGCCGAUACCGCCCUAGUACCUGACCGUGGUAGAUUUGGCGUGAUCGACGAUGCGCCAUUAUUUCCUGAUGCCGACUACCCCCCGGGCAUGGGGCCGCGCUAUUUCGUGGACCUGCCUGUCUCCGCAAAACCUCGCGCUGCAAGGCGCCAGCAGUCGGGAGCGUGCGGUGCAGGCAAUCACACUUGCUUGGAGUUGGGACCUCUAGGCGAAGGAUUGUGUUGCGAUAACGAUGCGGAAUGCAUCGUGCUGGCGGACUGGAGUGUGAGGUGCUGCCCGCUCGGGAGUUGCAGCGCCCCGUGUCAUGAGACGCUGCGAUACUGCAAUAUAACGGCUACCGAGACAACGACUAUCGCUACUUCAGGGACGGUAUUAACGGCCGUUGAAACGACUAGCCUGAUACCUGCCUGCUGUGAGCGCCCCUGUUCUAGUUCUUCGUUCCUCUGCCCCCAGAAUUUGGGUGGGCGUUGCUGUCCUUACGGUGCGUCCUGCCGUGUGGAUGGUUCAUGUGCCGCCCCUCUCGACAGCUCUAGUUCCGGGUCUGCGGUGAUAACCCCUCUAGGGUGCACCACGUCACAGAUCACAUGCGCAGAGUCUGAGGGUGGUGGGUGCUGCAACACUGGCUCUACCUGUACCUCGUCUGUGUCGGCCACAGAGACGGUGGUAUUCUGCGCACUUAACGGGACCGUCGUCCAAACCGGGCUCUCUGAGGCUGCCAGGGCAGGCGUUGGCGUGGGUGUCACUGUGGGCGCCGCCAUUGUGAUCGGCGCCUUGACGUGGUUCUGCAUCCGGCGGCGUCGAGAGGCGAAGUCGCGGAACGGAGGUUCUACUUUAGCUAGGGGCACACGCGAUGGCGAUCUAGUGGACGAAUUCAUCGAGUCGGAGAUCACGAGCCCUUCGAGCGGGACCGGCCGCCGACCGCGUCCACACCGCACCGGGCUUGCGUACCAAUACGACGGGCCGGAUGCUGUGGAUGGUCCGUAUACGGAUCGCGAAGGUAGUAACACCCCAGGCAGGAGCUUAGCGGCGCAGCUCGGAUCGAGCCUCGGAAGGGUUGAGCAGGUUGGCGUGCCUGCUAACCAUUACCCGGAGCGCCCGGAUGGGAUCGUACGGCCAGUUGAGAUAGACACUGGCGGACGGAUAAUUGAGGGCACGGGUCGUACGCCCGCUGAGUUGGGGGUGACUGAAGGCGACGGGGAGAAGUCUUCUGUGAGGGGCGCCGCACCUGCCAAAGACGAAGACCAAGAAGUGUUCGAGCUUUAUGGCAGCCCUGUGCCCUCCCCGCCACCGAUGAGUCCGAGUGAAUUAGAGCAGCAUAGAGCUGGGACCGUCUCGCCCUCACCACUGCCAGAGAUGAAGGGCACCGGAGACCGUUGAGGGGAGCAUUUGUGCGAAGACGCCAACCCCGAUAGACUUAUGAUGAUAACGAAGCAUUUGGCAUAUAUUACCCUGGCAUUUGGCCGUAAUACUGUAAGUAGGAAAGGAGCACGUGAACUGGACAAUACAAUGGACACGACUGCGUUCAGCUAGUCGAUUGACAAGGAACGCCUCGCUUGCUGAGCAUUCUUCCCU